AUGUAUCGCCAACUCCUCGACAGGCCCGACCGUAUACUUGAGUUUAGACCAACAUCGACGCGUGAUAAUCUGAAGCCUGUUGCAACAGACGCUUUCGUCAACCCGUUGUUGGCCAUACCACGAUGGAUCAACGGACAGCUGGUCACGACCAUCCGUAUUGUCCCAAUGACGGAUGUGCAGAUGCGGCGACCGGUCAACACCAUGAUUCACCAGAUGGACAAUGCUCUGGUUCCACUGCAAGUGCCUCCGUUGCGUAUCACGCUCCACGCCCAGUCCUGGGUGACUCCCGGCCGUGGCCAGGUGGACAAUGAUGACGAUCUUCAAUGCAAGCGCAGCGCGGACACACUGCCCAUCACCGACUUUGUCCUUGACCAGUGGCCGUUCAACCUGCAUGCCCCCGCGGCCCAGGUGGUGACGCAUCACCCCCGCAUGCGCCGGCAGCAGCCCGGCUUGGCUGGUCUUCCUUUGGUGUGCGAACCCGACAACGUCGUCGGAUACGCACGUGAUCACGAAACCGACCUUCUCGAGCCACAUGCUGUCGCUGCUGUCCAAGAGCACCGCCGCCCCCCUGAGGGGAGCAGCGACAUGGUCGGAGGGUUCAUCGCUGCCUGUCAUGCAGCCAACGCCGUCAUCCGUCUCACAUACUGUCCAAACGCUCCUGAGCAAGACCGCAUCGUGAUGGAUCUCGGCGACGCUCCUGUUCCGCUCCUUUCUCGCCGUUCAAUGCGUUGGCUGGCGCGCCGCCUUGCCGACCAGCUUGGCUACAUGACUGCCGCCCAACGGCCUGAUGUGUCUCUGGCUGUCGGCAAUAUCCACAUGCGCCUGGAAUAUGUUGCUGCCGGCGGUCGCCGCCACUGUCGCAGAGGUCAGUUACGGUACUCGCGCAACUUUGGGUGGCUCGACAACGGCCAGCCCAUUGUGAACCGCACGCGGCCCAACCACUGCGCGGUUCAACUGGCGCACGCCUUCAAAGCCGACCCCCCCGCGCACCCGUGA